AUGGCUGAGGGCGGAGAAGGGGAAGAUGAGAUCCAGUUCUUGAGAACUGACGAUGAGGUGGUGCUCCAGAGUGUGGCCACCAUCCAGAAGGAGCAUUGUAAGUUCUGCCUGGCCGCUGAGGGACUCGGAAACCGUCUGUGUUACCUGGAAUCCACUUCGGAAGCUAAGGGAGAGAAAGUCAGAAUCGGAGACGACCUGAUUCUCGUCAGCGUGUCAACGGAGAGAUACCUGCACCUCUCUAUCUCCAACCGCAACAUCCAGGUGGACGCCUCCUUCAUGCAAACCCUGUGGAACGUCCAGCCCACCUGCUCUUCAAGCACCGUGGCUGUAGGGUUUCUGACCGGUGGACACGUGAUGCGUCUUUGUCACGGACACGACGAGAGCUUGACCAUCCCCGGAGCCGACAAGAGUGAGGAGGAGCAGAGGAUAGUGAACUACGAGGCGGGUAAAGGAGCGUCCAGGGCCCGCUCGCUGUGGAGACUGGAGCCUCUCAGGAUCAGCUGGAGCGGUAGCCACAUUCGAUGGGGCCAGUCCUUCAGACUACGUCACCUCUCCACCGGCCAUUACCUGGCCCUGACCGAGGACCGUGGACUGGUCCUGCAGGACAGAGAGAAGUCCAACACCAAGGCCACUGCUUUCUGCUUCAGGGCUUCCAAGGAAAAGGGGGACCCGGGCCCGAAGAGGGACAUCGACGGGAUGGGUGUGCCGGAGAUCAAGUACGGGGACUCGGUGUGCUUCAUCAUGCACGUGCAGACAGGACUGUGGCUGUCCUACCUGGCCCCUGACGCCAAGUCCUCUCGCCUAGGACCCCUGAAAAGACGGGCCUGCCUGCAUUCUGAGGGCCACAUGGACGACGGGCUGAUCCUGCAGCGCUGUCAGCACGAGGAGUCUCGAGCCGCUCGCAUCAUCCGCAACUCCACCUUCCUCUUCGCCAACUUCAUCAAGGCGCUGGACAGCACGGCGGCCGGCGAGUCCAUGGCGGUGGCCGGCUACGUGGAGGAGGUGCUGCAGACGCUGAACGACCUCAUCGAGUACUUCAAACAGCCCGACGAGGAGCUGGAGCACGAGGAGAAACAGUGUCUCCUCCGUUCGCUCAUCAAGCGCCAGGACCUCUUCAAAGAGGAGGGAAUUCUGUCCCUCUUGUCCAACUGCAUUGACAGAAUGAACCUGUACAACAGCGCUGCACACUUCGGGGAGAUGGCGGGCGAGGAGGCGGGCGCCGCCUGGAAGGACAUCCUCAACCUUCUGUACGAGCUCCUGGCCUCGCUGAUUCGUGGGAACAGAAUCAACUGCACCCAGUUUUCCCGCAACUUGGACUGGCUGGUCAGCAAACUGGAGAGACUGGAAUCUUCAUCAGGGAUCCUGGAAGUCCUCCACUGCAUCUUGGUCGAAAGCCCAGAGGCUCUGAACAUCAUCCAGAAGGGGCACAUCAAAUCCAUCAUCUCUCUGCUCUACAAGCACGGACGCAACCACAAGAUUCUCGAUGUGUUGUGCUCCCUCUGUGUUUGUAAUGGGGUGGCAGUCAGAGCCAAUCAGAAUCUGAUCUGUGACAACCUGCUUCCCAAAAGGGAUCUGCUUCUUCAGACUCGACUGGUCAACGAUGUUCAGAGCAUGAGGCCAAACAUCUUCCUGGGCAUGGCUGAAGGUUCAGCCCAGUACAAGAAGUGGUACUUUGAGCUGGUGAUCGACCAGGUGGACCACUUCGUCACCGGGGAGCCGACCCACCUCAGGGUGGGCUGGGCCAACACCAAGGGCUACGCUCCGUAUCCCGGUGGAGGAGAGGGGUGGGGAGGCAACGGGGCCGGGGAUGAUCUGUUCUCCUACAGCUUUGAUGGACUCCACCUGUGGUCAGGCCGAAUCCCGCGGGCCGUGGCCUCCAUCAACAUGCACCUGCUGAACUCCGAUGACGUGGUCAGCUGCUGUCUGGAUCUGGGCGCCCCCAGCAUGUCCUUCAGGAUCAACGGGCAGCCCGUCCAGGGCAUGUUCGAGGACUUCAACACGGACGGGUUCUUCUUCCCGGUCGUCAGCUUCUCUGCAGGCGUCAAGGUGCGUUAUCUCUUGGGCGGACGCCACGGAGAUUUCAAGUUCCUGCCGCCGGCCGGUUACUCCCCGUGCUACGAGGCGCUGCUGCCCAAAGAGAAGAUGCACGUGGAGCCUGUGAAGGAGUACAAGAGGGACCAUGAGGGGAUCCGGGACCUGCUGGGAACCACCCAGUUCCUCUCCCAGGCCUCCUUCAUCCCCACUCCUGUCGACACCACCCAGGUUGUUCUCCCCCCCCACCUGGACAACGUCCGGGACAAGCUGGCAGAGAACAUCCACGAACUGUGGGGGAUGAACAAGAUCGAACUGGGCUGGACCUAUGGCAAGGUCCGUGAUGACAACAAGAGGCAGCACCCUUGCCUGGUGGAUUUCUCUAAACUGCCUGAAACUGAAAGGAACUACAACCUGCAGAUGUCCAGUGAAACACUUAAGACCCUGAUGGCUCUGGGAUGCCACGUUGCCCAGGUCAAUGUGAACGCUGCGGAUGAUCUGAAGAAAAUCAAACUACCCAAAAACUACGUGAUGUCUAAUGGAUAUAAGCCUGCGCCACUGGAACUCUCUGAUGUGAAGCUGACGGCAGGUCACGAGGUUCUGGUCGACAAACUGGCAGAGAACGCUCACAACGUGUGGGCCAAGGACAGAAUCAAGCAAGGAUGGACCUACGGGAUCCAGCAGGAUUUGAAGAGCAGGCGUAACCCUCGCCUGGUGCCGUACGCGUUACUGGACGAGCGCACUAAGAAAUCGAACAGAGACAGUCUGAGAGAGGCCAUCAGGACCGUGGUUGGAUAUGGAUAUGACAUCGACCCCCCCGACCAGGAGGUCGUCCAUUUGGUGGACAAUCAGAGCAUCGAGACCAUUCGCUUCUUCCGCGUGGAGCAGACGUACGCAGUGAAGACGGGGAAGUGGUACUUUGAGUAUGAAGCCCUGGGUGGAGGCGACAUGAGGGUGGGCUGGGCCCGACCGGGCUGCAGACCCGAUGUGGAACUGGGAUCGGACAACCAGGCCUUUGUUUUCGACGGAUACAGGGGUCGACGGAUGCACGCCGGCAGCCGCUACUUCGGUCACCCGUGGAAAAAGGGCGACGUGGUUGGCUGCAUGAUCAACAUGGAGGACAAAUCGAUGAUUUUCACCCUGAACGGAGAACUCCUGAUCACCAGCAAGGGCUCCGAGCUCUGCUUCACCGACUUUGAGACAGAGGACGGUUUCAUCCCCGUGUGCAGUAUGGGGAUGUCUCAGAGCGGCCGCAUGAACCUGGGCAAGGACGCCAGCACCUUGAAGUACUACACCAUGUGUGGCCUGCAGGAGGGAUUCGAACCCUUCGCUGUCAACAUGAACAGAGACAUCACCAUGUGGUUCAGCAAGCGCCUGCCCACCUUCGUCAACACGCCUCAGGACCACAUGCACAUCGAGGUGACGAGGAUCGAUGGCACAGUGGACAACCCGCCCUGCCUCAAGGUCACCCACAAGACGUUUGGCACACAGAACAGCAACAGCGACAUGGUCUACUGUCGACUGAGCAUGCCCGUGGAGUUCCUCUCCGCCGACGCCUUCCUGGACGAGUCGCUGAAACUCAGCAACGCUCCCAAAGAAGAUGGAGCUGUGGACUAUGGAAGAAUCACAACUUACUACCACUCAGUGAGAGUGUUUGCUGGUCAGGACCCUGCCUCAGUGUGGGUGGGCUGGGUCUCACCCGACUAUCACUACUACAGCAAGAACUUCAGCCUCAACAAGACGCAGUCAGUCACUGUGACGCUGGGGGACGAGAGGGGCCGAGUGCACGAGAGUGUCCAGAGGAGCAACUGCUACAUGGUGUGUGGAGCAGACGCCGUCGACCCGUCCUCCUCCAGCCGCACCAGCUCCGACCUGGAGAUCGGCUGCCUCAUCGACCUGGCCACCGGCCUCGUGUCCUUCACCGCCAACGGGAAGGAGCUGCCCACAACCUACCAGGUGGAGCCAAAUACUAAGCUCUUCCCAGCUGUGUUCGUACACCCCACCUGUGCAAACCUCUUCCAGUUUGAGUUUGUCAAGACCAAGGACGCCAUGCCGCUCUCUUCGGCCAUUUUCAAGAGCGAGCACAGGAACCCGGUGCCCCAGUGCCCGCCACGACUGGAUGUGCAGACCAUCGUGGCCGUGCUGUGGAGCCGAAUGCCGAACACCUUCCUCAGCGUGGAGACGGCCCGGGUCAGCGAGCGGCACGGUUGGGUGAUCCAGUGUCUGGAGCCGCUGCAGAUAAUGGCUGUUCACAUCCCGGAGGAGAACAGGUGUUUGGACAUCCUGGAGUUAUCUGAGCAUGAAGACCUGAAGAAGUUCCACUACCACACGCUGAAGCUGUACUGCGCCCUCUGCGCCCUGGGAAACACCCGGGUAGCUCACGCCCUCUGCAGCCACAUGGACCAGUCACAGCUCCUCUACACAAUCGACAACCAGUACCUGUCUGGGAUGCUGCGCGAGGGCUUCUACAAUGUCCUCAUCAGCAUCCAUCUUGAGACGGCGAAGGAGGCUCGCCUGAUGAUGAAUAACGAGUUCAUCAUCCCCGUGACGGAUGAGACUCGCUCCAUCAAGCUGUUCCCGGACGAAUCCAAACGCCACUCGCUGCCCGGCGUGGGCCUGAGCACCUCCCUCAAGCCCCGCGUCAACUUCUCCGCUGUGGGCAUCAUCGACACCAAGCAGCACCAGCACCUGUUCAGCCCCCAGAUCCCCCUGGGCGUCCUGAAGGAGAAGGCCAUCAGCAUGCUCACCGAGGCCGUGCAGGGCGGAGGCACGCACAUCCGCGACCCCGUGGGCGGCAGCGUCAAGUUCCACUUCGUCCCCAUCCUGAAGCUGAUCGGCACGCUGCUGAUCAUGGGCGUCCUGACCAGCGAGGAGGUGAGGCUGAUCCUCCUCCUGAUCGACCCCAACGUGUUCCGCGAGGCCAAGGAGGGCGAGGAGGGCAAGGCGGAGGAGGGGGCCGCGGCGGGGGAGAAGGAGGAGGUGAGCAAGAACGAGGAGAAGGCCGUGGAGGCCGGAGAGGAGGAGACCAAGGAGAGCAAACCGCCGGCCAAAGGUCUGCUGGAGAAGUCACUGCCGGAGCCGGUGAAACGCCAGAUGUGUGAGCUGCUGCAUUACUUCUGUGACUGCGAGCUGAAGCACCGCAUCGAGGCCAUCGUCUCCUUCUCCGACAGCUUCGUGUCCAAGCUGCAGUUCAACCAGAAGUUCCGCUACAACGAGCUGAUGCUGGCGUUCAACAUGUCCGCCGCCGUCACCGCCAAGAAGACCAAAGAGUUCCGCUCUCCGCCUCAGGAGCAGAUCAACAUCCUGUUGAAUUUCACUGCAGGGGAGGACUGUCCCUGUCCCGAGGAAAUCCAGGAUCAACUCAACGCCUUCCAUGAAGAGCUGCGACUCCACUGUGGAAUUCCGGUGGAGGAGGAAGAAGAGGAGCAGGACACGUCGAUAAAAGGCCGUCUCCUUGCUCUGCUCUACAAGAUCAAAGGUCCGCCUCAGAAGACGGAGGAGACACCAGCCGAGACAGAGCAGCCUCCUCCCACCAACCUGAAGGAGCUGAUCUCCCAGACCAUAACCAGCUGGGCCCAGGAGUCUCACAUCCAGGACCCCGAGCUGGUCAGAGUGAUGUUCAGCCUGCUGAGGCGGCAGUACGACGGCAUCGGGGAGCUGCUCCGGGCCAUGAAGAAGUCCUACACCAUCAGUGCUGCGUCCGUGCAGGAUGCUAUCAACCUGCUGGUGUCUCUGGGUCAAAUCAGGUCCCUGCUGUCAGUGCGUAUGGGCAAAGAGGAGGAGAAACUCAUGAUCGAUGGUCUCGGUGACAUCAUGAACAAUAAGGUUUUCUACCAACAUCCAAACUUGAUGAGAGUGCUGGGCAUGCAUGAGACCGUUAUGGAGGUGAUGGUCAAUGUACUGGGAGGAGACAAGUUACAGGAGAUCGCCUUCCCCAAGAUGGUGGCCAGCUGCUGUCGCUUCUUGUGCUACUUCUGUCGUAUCAGCCGCCAGAACCAGAAAGCCAUGUUUGACCACCUGAGCUACCUGCUGGAGAACAGCAGCGUCGGACUGGCCUCUGAAGCCAUGCGCGGCUCCACUCCUCUGGACGUGGCGGCCUCCUCGGUGAUGGAUAACAACGGCCUGGCUCUGUCCCUGGAGGAGCCCGACCUGGAGAAGGUGGUGAUGUACCUGGCUGGUUGUGGUCUUCAGAGUUGUGCUAUGUUGCUCGCUAAGGGUUACCCCGACCUGGGCUGGAACCCCAUCGAGGGCGAGCGGUACCUCUCCUUCCUCAGGUUCGUCGUCUUCUGCAACGGCGAGAGCGUGGAGGAAAAUGCCAACGUGGUGGUGAAGCUGCUGAUCAGACGUCCCGAGUGUUUCGGCCCGGCCCUGAGGGGAGAGGGAGGCCAGGGUCUGCUGGCCGCCAUGAAGGAGGCCAUCAAGAUCGCUGAGGAUCCAGCUCUGGACCUGCCGAAGAGCCUCAAUGGAGUCACCACUGGGUCUGGGGAGGAGGAAGGAGAAAUUAUCCACAUGGGCAACGCCAUCAUGUCCUUCUACUCGGCCCUCAUCGACCUGCUGGGACGUUGUGCUCCAGAGAUGCAUCUCAUCAACGCAGGUAAAGGUGAAGCUCUGCGUAUCAGAGCCAUCCUGCGCUCCCUGGUCCCCACAACAGACCUGGUGGGCGUCAUCAGCAUCCCCCUCAAAAUGCCUGUGGUCAACAAAGAUGGCACAGUGACCGAGCCCGACAUGUCAGCCUGCUUCUGUCCGGACCACAAGGCCCCCAUGGUGCUCUUCCUGGACCGAGUGUACGGAAUCGAGGACCAGAGCUUCCUGCUCCAGAUGUUGGAGGUCGGCUUCCUGCCUGACCUCCGUGCCUCAGCCUCUCUGGAUACCGAGGUGUUGAGCACCACCGAGACGGCGUUGGCCAUGAACCGGUACAUCGGCUCGGCCCUGCUGCCCCUGCUGACCCGCUGUGCCGCCCUCUUCGCCAGCACCGAGCACUACGCUCAGCUGGUGGACUCCACGCUGCAGACCAUCUACCGGCUGUCCAAGGGCCGCUCGCUCACCAAAGCCCAGAGGGACGCCAUCGAGGACUGUCUGCUGGCCAUCUGCAAGCACCUGCGUCCCUCCAUGAUGCAGCAGCUGCUCAGACGUCUGGUGUUCGAUGUUCCCAUGCUCACCGAAUACUGCAAGAUCCCUCUGAGGCUGCUGACCAACCACUAUGAGCAAAACUGGAAGUACUACUGCCUGCCGGCCGGUAUGACCACCUUUGGCACAGCCUCCGAGGAGGAGCUGCUCCUCACCAAGAAACUCUUCUGGGGAAUCUUUGACUCGCUCUCUCAGAAGAAGUACGAUAGUGAACUUUUCAAAAUAACCAUGGCGUGUCUGUGCGCCAUCGCCGGAGCCCUGCCGCCCGACUUCGUGGACUCCAGCCUCGGGGCCACACUGGAGAAAAAGGCCUCAGUGGAUGCUCAGGGCAACUUUGACCCCAAACCCGUUAACACUGCCAAUAUCUCCCUUCCUGAAAAACUUGAGUACAUUGCCAACAAAUAUGCAGAGCAUUCCCAUGACAAGUGGUCCUCAGAGAAGGUGUCGGCCGGCUGGAAACACGGAGACAGUAUGGAUGAGCAGAGCAAAGCCCAUCCGCUGCUGAAGGGUUACAAGGCUCUGAGUGAGAAGGAGAGAGAAACGUACCGCUGGCCCGUGAGGGAGUCGCUGAAGAGCAUGUUGGCGAUGAGCUGGAACAUCGAGAGGACCAAGGAGGGAGACGCCAUCUUCCAACAGAGAAAGAGCUCAGAGUCUCAGGUGAAUUCCUUCAGUCCGGCUCCGAUGGACCUGCACAAUGUCAACCUGUCCAGGGAACUACAGGGGAUGGUGGAGGUGGUUGCUGAAAAUUACCACAACAUCUGGGCCAAGAAGAAGAAAACUGAACUCGUUAGCAAAGGAGGAGGGACCCACCCGCUGCUGGUUCCCUAUGACACCCUGACGGCUAAAGAGAAGUACAGAGACAGGGAGAAGGCCCAGGACUUCUUCAAGUUCCUGCAGAUCAGUGGCUACGCUGUCACUAGAGGCCAGAAGGACAUGGAGCAGGAGUCCUCAUCCAUGGAGAAGCGUUUCUCCUUCAAGUUCCUCAAGACGAUGCUCAGCUACAUCGACUCUGCUCAGGAGUUCAUCGCUCACCUGGAGGCCAUGGCCACCAGUGGGAAGACGGACAAAUCUCCUCAUGACCAGGAAAUUAAGUUCUUUUCCAAGGUGUUGCUUCCUCUGGCAGAUCAAACCUUUAAGAACCACUCUCUCUACUUCCUGUCCACGCCCAGUAAGAACAUGAGCAGCUGCGGCUGUGCCUCCAACAAAGAGAAAGAGAUGGUCACAAGCCUGUUCUGUAAACUGGCCGCUCUUGUCAGACAUAGGAUCUCUCUCUUCGGGAGUGACUCGGCGAUGAUGGUGAGCUGUCUGCACAUCAUCACUCACUCACUCGACACCAGGACAGUGAUGAAGUCCGGCUCGGAGCUGGUCAAAGCCGGCUUCAAGAGUUUCUUCGAGAACGCGGCCGAGGACCUGGAGAAGCUGUGGGAGAUGUUGAAACUGGGGAAGUUCAUGCAGUCGCGGGCCCAGAUGAAGAGCGUGAGCCAGAGCAUCAACUACGUGACGGUGGCGCUGCUGCCCAUCCUCACCGCUCUGUUCGAACACAUCAGGACUCACGAGUUCGGAGUGGAACUGCUCUUGGAUGACGUUCAGCUUUCCUGCUACCGAAUCCUGACGUGUUUCUACUCCCUGGGAACAGGAAAGAACCCGUUUGUGGAGCGACAUCUUCCUGUUCUGGGUGAGAGUCUGGCCACCCUGGUGGGGGCCAUGCCUGUUGCCUUCCUGGAGCCCCACCUCAACGCCCACAACCCAAUAUCUGUCUUCAACACCAAGACCCCCCGAGAGAGAGCCAUUCUCAGCAUGCCGGACACGGUGGUGGAGAUGUGUCCGGAGAUGCCUCGUCUCGACCGGCUCCUGAAGGACGUGAACGACGUCUCGGACGCUGGAGCUCGUUACUGUGACAUGCCGGAGGUCAUUGAGGUGAUCCUGCCCACGCUGUGUAACUACCUGUCCUACUGGUGGGAGAAAGGUCCAGAGAACUCCCCUCCUGAUGCCCCCUGCUGCACCAUGGUGACUUCCCAACACCUCAGCAUCAUCCUGGGAAACAUCCUGAAGAUCCUCAACAACAACCUGGGCAUCGAAGACGCUCCCUGGAUGAAGAGGAUUGCAGUCUACUCUCAGCCAAUCAUCUGCAAGGCUGGAGCAGAUCUGCUGAGAACUCACUUCCUGCCCACGCUGGACAAAUUGAAGAAGAAGACCGUGAAGGUCGUGUCUGAGGAGGAGCUGCUGAAGGCCGACAGUAAAGGUGACACCCAGGAGGCUGAGCUGCUCCUCCUGGAUGAGUUCGCUGUGCUCUGCAGGGACCUGUACGCCUUCUACCCCAUGCUCAUCCGCUACGUGGAUAUCAACAGGUCUCGGUGGUUGAAGGAGCCGGACGAAUACUCCACUGAGCUCUUCAGGAUGGUGGCUGAGAUCUUCAUCCUCUGGUGCAAGUCACCUAACUUUAAGCGUGAGGAGCAAAACUAUGUGGUUCAGAAUGAGAUCAACAAUCUGGGCUUCCUGACUGAAGAAGGCAAGACGAAGAUGUCCAAGUCAGGUGGGGACCAGGAGAGGAAACACAAGCGGCGUCGUGGUGAAUAUUAUUCCAUCCAGACGUCUCUGAUCGUCGCUGCCUUGAAGAAGAUGCUGCCCAUCGGCCUCAACAUGUGCACCCCGGGGGACCAGGAGCUCAUCUCAUUGGCCAAGAUACGCUACAGCCUGAGAGACACGGAUGACGAGGUGAAGGAGCACCUGCGUCAGAAUCUCCAUCUCCAGGACAAAUCUGAUGACCCGGCGGUCCAGUGGCAGCUGGACCUGUACAAGGACGUGGUGGUGAAGGCCGAUGGACCCGCUGACCCGGAACACGCGGUGGUUCGAGUCCAGAGCAUCUCCGCUGCAGUUUUCCAUCUGGAGCAGGUGGAGCAGCCUCUGAGGAAUAAGAAGUGUGUGUGGCACAAGCUUCUGUCCAAACAGCGUAAGCGAGCCGUGGUGGCUUGUUUCCGUAUGGCGCCGCUCUACAAUCUGCCCCGGCAUCGCGCUAUCAACUUCUUCAUCCCGGCCUAUCAGAGACUUUGGAUAGAGGCAGAGGAGUACUCCUUUGAGGAGAAGCUAGUGCAGGAUCUGGCAGUAAGUACUGGGCUCGCCUUGCCCUCGCCCCGCGUGCCCUGCGUGCCCUGCGUUGGCACCCCUCUGCCAGUCCUGUCUGCCGAAUGCUUCUUUAGCUCAGCGCCUGUCGAGCCGUGGGAGCACGCCCGGGGGGGGAGCUGGCCCAAAGCGCCCAGGGGCCCCCGCUCUAGGCGUGCGAAACCCUUCAAACAGAGAUCCGUCAGGGGUCAGAGGCUGCAUGACCAACUCAAGAGACACAGGCCCAGCUCCGGCGCUCACAGCUCUAGAAAAGCAGGCUUUGCCUUCCUGACAGCAGUGAAAACCCCCAUGAAGAUUGUGGAGGAGGAGGAAGAGGAGGUGGCUGAGGCGCAGCCCGAUCCUCUUCAUCAGCUCAUCCUCCACUUCAGCCACAACGCCCUGACAGAGAGGAGUUACUUGGAAGAAGAUCCUUUAUAUAUUGCUUACGCAGACAUGAUGGCAAAGAGCUGUGCAGAGGAUGAGGAGGAGGAAGAGGAAGAAGGGAAAGAAAAAACGUUUGAGGAAAAAGAGAUGGAAAAGCAGAAGAUCCUGUAUCAGCAGGCGAGGCUGCACGCCCGUGGGGCAGCGGAGAUGGUGCUGCAGAUGAUCAGCGCCAGCAAAGGUCGUUUGGGCCCCAUGGUGACGUGCACCCUCAAACUGGGGAUCUCCAUUCUAAAUGGAGGCAACGUGCACGUUCAACAGAAAAUGCUUGAUUACCUGAAAGAAAAGAGAGAUGCAGGGUUUUUCAAGAGCCUCUCAGGACUGAUGCAGUCUUGCAGUGUCCUGGACUUGAAUGCAUUUGAGAGGCAGAACAAAGCGGAAGGUCUCGGCAUGGUGACAGACGAAGGGUCUAACCACACUGAGCGGGGCUCCAAGGUGCUUCAGAACGACGAGUUCACCAAAGAUCUGUUCCGGUUUUUGCAACUUCUCUGUGAGGGGCACAAUGGAGAUUUCCAGAACUUCCUGAGAACUCAGACUGGAAACACAACCACAGUCAACAUCAUCAUCAGCACUGUGGACUAUCUGCUCCGGCUGCAGGAAUCUAUCAGUGACUUCUACUGGUACUACUCCGGCAAAGACGUCAUUGACGAGACUGGAAAAGUCAACUUCUCCAAAGCUCUCUCUGUAGCCAAGCAGAUCUUCAACUCACUGACUGAGUACAUUCAGGGCCCGUGUAUUGGGAACCAGCAGAGUCUGGCUCACAGCCGACUGUGGGACGCAGUCGUUGGCUUCUUGCAUGUGUUUGCCAACAUGCAGAUGAAGCUUUCACAGGACGCCAGUCAGAUUGAGCUGCUGAAGGAGCUGAUGGACUUACAGAAGGACAUGGUGGUCAUGCUGCUGUCUCUGCUGGAGGGUAACGUGGUGAAUGGGACGAUCGGAAAGCAGAUGGUGGACACUCUGAUGGAGUCCUCCAGCAACGUGGAGAUGAUCCUCAAGUUCUUCGACAUGUUCCUCAAGCUGAAGGAUCUGACGAGCUCGGACAACUUCCGGGAGUACGACCCCGAGUGCAAGGGCAUCAUCUCGAAGAAGGACUUCCAGAGGUCCAUGGAGAGCCAGAAGCAGUACAGCCAGUCGGAGAUCGACUUCCUGCUCUCGUGUGCCGAGGCCGACGAGAACGACAUGUUUAAUUACAAGGAGUUCGUGGAACGGUUCCACGAGCCGGCCAAAGACAUCGGCUUCAACGUGGCCGUGCUGCUCACCAACCUGUCGGAGCACAUGCCGCACGACUCUCGACUCAACACCUUCCUGGAUCUGGCGGAGAGCGUGCUCAGCUACUUUGAACCUUACCUGGGUCGCAUUGAAAUCAUGGGCAGUGCCAAGCGCAUCGAGAGGAUUUACUUUGAGAUCAGCGAGUCGAGCCGCGAGCAGUGGGAGAAGCCGCAGGUCAAAGAGUCCAAGCGGGAGUUCAUCUUCGCCGUGGUCAACGAGGGCACGGAGAGCGAGAAGAUGGAAAUGUUCGUGAACUUCUGUGAGGACACCAUCUUUGAGAUGCAGCUGGCCUCGCAGAUCUCCGAGCCGGACGUGGUGGAACAGCCUGAGGAGGAGGAAGACGAGGAUGGGCACAGCAUCCUGGGCGACCUGGAUGAAGAGGAAGGAGGCGCCCUGGAGUCGGCCUCGGCCUUCAGCACCGCCUGCUGCUCCGUCAAGAAGAAGCUGGCCAGCGUCCGCCAAAUAUUUUCUUUUAAAAACGUUCGCAAGCAGUUCAAGAAAGUCAAGAAGCUGAGCAUCAGGGAGAUCAUCACGGGCUUCUUCUCCUUCUUCUGGAUGCUCUUCACCGGCUUCUUCAAAGGAAUCUACAGCCUCGUCUUCGGCUUCUUCCACCUCAUCUGGUCCUCCAUGUUCGGCGGGGGCCUGGUGGAGGGGGCCAAGAACAUCAAGGUGACGGACAUCCUCGGGAACAUGCCGGACCCGACCCAGUUCGGCAUCCACGGGGAUGUGGUGGAAGGAGAGAAGGUGGAGGCCGUGGAGUCGUCGAGGAUCUUGGACACGGCCAUGGCGCCGGCGGGAGACAUCGCCGAGGUGGACAUGCUGCUGGAGCUGCUGUCCAAUCCUAAAAGGGAGGGGGGGAAACACGUGGAGCACGGGCUGGGAGACGUCUCCGAGCACGGCGCAGAAGUAUCCAGCACGGAGCAGAAAAAGAAAGCCGCCGCCCACCCCUUCGACGCCCCCGAGAGCCAACCAGAAAAAGCAGACACCGAGAAGGAGGACCAGCCCAAGCAGGAGGAAGCAAAGGAGCCGGUGACGGAGGAGAAGUCCAAGCCCCGGUCCAGUCAAACCAAAGAGGAGGCGCCGGCCUUCAUGUCCACCGUCCUCGCCUUCCUGGUCGUCUACCUCACCAAGAUGCUGAACCUUCUGGCUCGUAACUUCUACAACCUGAGGUUCCUGGCUCUGUUCGUGUGUUUCGCCAUCAACUUCAUUCUGCUCUUCUACAAGGUCACGUCGGAGCCUGAAGAGGAAAUCGAUGACGACACCCAGUGGGCGGAGGACGAUGAGUACGAUGAGAACACGCUGUUCGACAUGGACGAGUUCGUGCUCCAGGAGCGGAGCGGCUACAUGCUGCCCACGCUGCGCUUCCUGGCCGUGUUCCACACCGUCAUCUCACUGGUCUGCCUGGUCGGCUACUACUACCUGAAGGUUCCUCUGGUGGUGUUCAAGCGGGAGAAGGAGAUCGCCCGGGAGCUGGAGUUCGACGGCCUCUUCAUCACCGAGCAGCCGUCUGACGAUGACAUCAAGGGCCAAUGGGAUCGACUGGUCAUCAACACGCCGUCUUUCCCCAACAACUACUGGGACAAGUUCAUCAAGCGGAAGGUGAUCAACAAAUAUGGAGACAUGUACGGAGCCGAGCGCAUCGCCGAGCUGCUGGGUCUGGAUAAGAGCGCUCUGGACUUUGACCCCACGGUGGAGACUGUGGAGAAAGAAGCCUCCCUGGUCUCCUGGCUGAGCUCCAUCGACACCAAGUAUCAGAUCUGGAAGAUGGGAGUGGUUCUGACCGACAACUUGUUCCUGUACCUCAUCUGGUACGCCACCAUGUCCACCCUGGGACACUUCAACAACUUCUUCUUCGCCGCUCACCUGCUGGACAUCGCCAUGGUCUUCAAGUCGCUGCGCACCAUCCUGUCCUCCGUCACUCACAACGGGAAGCAGCUGGUGCUGACUGUGGGUCUGCUGGCUGUGGUGGUCUAUCUCUACACCGUGGUGGCCUUCAACUUCUUCAGGAAGUUCUACAACAAGAGCGAGGACGAGGACGAGCCCGACAUGAAGUGUGACGACAUGAUGACGUGCUACCUGUUCCACAUGUACGUGGGGGUGCGAGCGGGCGGGGGGAUCGGAGACGAGCUGGAGGACCCGGCCGGAGACGCCUACGAGCUCUACCGCAUCCUGUUCGACAUCACCUUCUUCUUCUUCGUCAUCGUCAUCCUGCUCGCCAUCAUUCAAGGUUUGAUCAUCGAUGCCUUCGGGGAGCUGAGAGAUCAGCAGGAGCAGGUGAAGGAGGACAUGGAGACCAAAUGCUUCAUCUGUGGCAUCGGGAACGACUACUUUGACCGGACGCCUCACGGGUUCGAGACUCACACCUUACAAGAGCACAACCUGGCCAACUACCUGUUCUUCCUGAUGUACCUGAUCAACAAGGACGAGACUGAACACACGGGUCAGGUACUCCUUUGUGUGAAGAUGUACCAGGAGAGAUGCUGGGACUUCUUCCCGACUGGAGACUGCUUCCGGAAACAGUACGAGGACCAGUUGGGUUAG